CUCGUUCUGUUCACGUUUGAGAGUUGGGACCCGAACGUCCAGCUCCAGCCUAAGUGCUAAACUCAGUGUCUGACUGACUCUGUUUCUGAGGAAGUUAAUUACACUGCUUGUGUCAGACAAAUGGAAUGUCUCUCUUACGCUGGCUUCAGAAAGGGAGGAAGGAUGAUGGUGAAAAUAGGCGCACGGACAAACCCUCUGUCUCAGACUCUGAUAAUCCUGAAGCUGAUCCAGAUGACCCACUGGCACAGCCAUCAUCCUCUAGUGAAAUGAGCGAUGUAGGUGAAGAAGCUCCAUCAUCCACUCCUGGGUCUAGUGGUAUUUCUGAAACCCAUCCGAUAACGUGAGAAAUAGGUUCUGGGGGAGCUGUAGAUGAAGAGGUACUAUACUGUACAUGCUUAACACUCAGUCACUCAGUCACAGGUAGGACUGAAGAAGGCGCUGUUGAGUUCGAGGAAUCUGUCAGAGAGGUUGAAGCUGAUACUUCUCUAAUUGAGGAUUCGGAUGAAUCAGAAACAGAUGACAGUCAGCCACCAGCUACUGAGAAGUCUACCUCUCGUAAGCGUGUGUCAAGCCCUAGUUCAUCCAAAAAGUCAACACCUCCGGAAAAGAGGAUAAGGAAAUAUGCUAUGAAGUGGUCAGAAGAUCCUAAGCUUGCAUGUUUCUCCAGCACCAGCAGACCUCCUGCCUGGCUGCCACCACCGCGGCCAGCCCCCAGACGCCCCACCACGCCAGCAGGGGCCUCUCCGGCACGGGACAGUCUGAUCGGCUGACCGUCACUGGUACCAGGCAGAGUCCAGGCUGCACGCCCUGCUUGCCGCCAACCAAUCUUGUUGUGUCCAUGGCGUGUGCUGGUGGGAGUGGUGCUGUGGUGGAGGUCGUGAGGCCGGGCAGUAGCAUGAGUGGCCAGCAGCAGCAGCAGCAGCAGCCGCAGCCAGCCUCAGGUGUGGGGAGGCACAGGCAUGGUGGCAAGAAUCACCUGGAGACAGGCAGCUCCGUCCACAGAGGAGAGAGCAAGUUUGAGUGCCAGCAGUGUGACAAAACUUUUGUAUUCAGACAAGGCCUUGACUACCACAUUCUGACACACAGUGGUGUUAGAAAAUAUGAGUGUGGCGAGUGUGGGAGGAAGUUUUCCCUCACCUCACACACUGUGAUACACAGUGGUGCUAGAAAUUAUGAGUGUAAUGAGUGUGGCAGGAAAUUUAUCAGUAAGUCUAACCUCACCAGACACACCCUGACACACAGUGGUGUUAGAAAUUAUGAGUGUGAUGAAUGUGGCAGGAAAUUUACCAGAAAGUCUAUCCUCACCACACACACCCUGACACACAGUGGUGUUAGAAAUUAUGAGUGUGGUGAGUGUGGGAAGAAAUUUACCAGAAAGUCUCACCUCACCACACACACCCUGAUACACAGUGGUGUUAGAAAUUAUGAGUGUUAUGAGUGUGGGAGGAAGUUUAUUUCAAAAUCUGUCCUCACUGCACACAUCCUGACACACAGUGAUAUUAGAAAUUAUGAAUGUGAUAAGUGUGGCAGGAAGUUUACCAGAAAGUCUCACCUCACCAGACACACCGUGACACACAAUGGUGUUAGAAAUUAUGAGUGUGAUGAGUGUGGCAAAAGAUUUGGCACCACAUAUCAUCUCAAUCAACACGUCUUCAGACACACUGGCUUGAGAGAGUUUAAGUGUGAUGUUUGUGGCAAGUGUUUCAAGACAAAGGGUGAUAUUGCCCACCACAUGAGGAUCCACUUCUGAGGUGGUGUGUUGUGUGUGGAUGUGUGGGGCCACACCCAUGCCUGUGGUGGUGGCGGUGGUGGUGGUGUGAGGGAGUAACAGCCCCAGCAGUUGUUUUGUUGGCAGUGCAGGUGUGACCUUCAAUAAAUGUGUGUGUCUAACA